AUGAAUCUUGUUGAUCCCAGCAUGCUGACAAAAUCAGUUGGCUGCCUGAAUCACCUAUAUUUAACGGCUUUGCACCAGGAGCCUCCUGCAUUUAGUCUGCUUCGCUCUCUACUAUCUGCAAUGGUUCCCAUUUACCGCUUGGCACUCUUAAGGGCUGUGAAGUUGGGUGUGGUCGAAGCUGGCGUGAUCGGUGGACAGGGUAUUGAAGCAGACUCUCAGGCCGAUAUCGCUCUGGAGACUUUCCGCCGUGUAGCGACUCUAAAGGACGACAUGAUUCGUCUCCUUCUGCCCACUUUGCCCUCGCAACCAGGUAGUACUGCAGCCUCUGUAGGUGUACGUCUUAAGCAGAUUUUGAACGAUGGCGUUCGAAUAAGCGCUGUGAAGUUAAUCGAGGUUAGUGCCACUGCUAACUUUGUCAACCCUGUUACCUUGAUUUUUGUAUCAUGCUUUAUUUCUAGCUCAUUUCGUCAAAUUUUGAUUAACGUUUCACUUUGGUCAUAUAUAUUAAAGUAUUCUACAGUCUAG